AUGAGUGGUAUAAGAAUCUCAAGGUACUUUAAAAAUGAAGCACCUCCAAUUCCACUUAUCCCCCAUAUCGUAAAUUUGCCAAAAACUCAACAUGAGAUUGACCAACACGUUUUAAUUGAUAUAAACUCUGCGGAGGACAUCUCCAAACAUCCUACUGGUCUGGUUGCCAAGGACUCUCAAAGGUUGGACUCCCUUGGGCCCAGGUAGGCAGAGAAUCAGGGAAUCGAUCUUGAUAGCUUUGAUAAUAACUUACUCUACUCUUAUAGCGUUCUCCCGCAAGAAGUUCAGAAAGAAAUACUUCAUAAAAUUGAUACCCUUUACUUCUGCCUGACAAAAGUGACGGAGGAACAGCUGAGAUUACCUAAACAAAAUAUGCUUGAUAGAGACUGUGGUUCAGAUUCUGUCCCACGUUUAUACCACCAAGAACUGGACCUGUGGGUUGGGAAGGCACCCACCCCUACCAGCCAACUGGUUGUUGCGGAAAUGAAUCCACUCUUCCAUAUUCUGGAGGCGGAAACCUUACCACCAGACCCAUCUACCAUGCACCCCAUCUCUGAGGCAAAUAUGACUACAACAUCUGCCUGGGACAAAAUGAGGGAACUCAACGAAUCUGAAUUAGGCUCUCCAUGUAAAGUGCCCCAUAUGGGUCCACUUACUUGUAACUUUAUUAACCCACUCUCUUCUAACGUGUGCAAGUUGAAUAAAUCCAUAGAUACCAUCGAACCGAUAACAGAACCAGCUGAACCAGACCAACACAUGAGAGACGACUCCAUUUUAUUUUUAGCCCCGAAGAAUGAUCUGGUCGAAGACCCGACAGGUCGUAUUAACAAAAUUAUCCAAACAAUUAAUGAUCACUCAACUAGUGGCACGAUACCUGUUGACUUAAAUUCGCUCUCUUUAAGUAAUACCCCCCUAAUCCCACCAUCUGGCUCUGAAAAGUCGACUAUCUUAGGCCUAACAUCUGCCUUUAGCGAGACAAGUGGCAAGACUUUACAGCCAAACCACCCCAAUAAAUCUAAACAGUUGGGAUGUAUAGCACGAUUGCCACCUUCUCAAAGGAAAAUUACUGAUUUUUUUGAAGCUGAAACUCCCCCAAAUUUAGAAUCCCAUUCCCACAUGAUCUGA